UGUCAACUGUCAGCAGUGUGAGGGUCAAGUACAUCAUCAUGAACCCUAAACCCUAAUAUUUUAGGAGAAAGAAGAAAAAGAACGAUAUCAGUCCUUGAACCACACUGGCGCUUAAAGAGUGUUUGAAAUUGCUUUCUGAAAUAGCUAUCGACUUAAGCCCAAUAAAUUUAAAAGAAAAAUGUUUGGGUAUAAGGACAAUGAUUUUUGGAACUAAAAAACAGUUUUUGAUAAGUAAAGAUAACCUGAUUUAUUGAAGUUCAAAUGACCUAUAUACCCCCAAAAAUAUAACCCUCGUUCACAGCCCCCUUAACGUUCACCUGCAUCUUCAUCGCCGACCCUUCUCCGCUCCAGACCUCCUAUUUCCGGCGCCGGCUGCGGUCUUCUCUUUCUCCGAUCACCUGCACAGAUUACUCUGGAUACUGCUAAGAUAUUUUUCUGGUCGAUUUCAAUUAUACACAACCCAUUAGUAUUUAACUAUAAUUGAUGUUGUUCGUUUACAAAUGACAUCGAUUGAAUUUUGGAAUUCCAUUAGUAGCAGUUGAUUUUGCACAAGUAUUGAAGCACAUAGAGGAAAUCCCUCAUCAUUCAUCACAUUAGGAUUCAGUUACUAGUCUGUAUCACAAUUGCAAAGGAUGUUGCCUACUGAUCCUAUGAAGAAGUUAUCAUUCAAGCGACACAUUAGUGAUGGAGAUUUGGUUAUAGUAUACGAAAAACACGACAACAUGAAGGCUGUAAAAGUAUCAGAAAAGUCUGUUCUUGAGAACCGAUUCGGUGUUUUCAAGCAUUCAGAUUGGAUUGGGAAACCAUUUGGCUGCAAAGUAUCUAGCCACAAGGGUGGAUUCGUUUACUUAUUAGCUCCAACUCCUGAGCUAUGGACAUUAGUUUUAAGCCACAGAACUCAAAUUCUUUACAUUGCUGACAUCAGCUUUGUGGUCAUGUACUUAGAACUGAUUCCCGGUUGUGUUGUGCUUGAAUCUGGAACUGGAAGUGGAUCUUUGACAACUUCACUAGCAAGAGCCAUUGCUCCUACAGGACAUGUCUAUACAUUUGAUUUCCAUGAACAAAGAGCUAUAGCUGCUAGAGAAGAUUUUGAGAAGACAGGAUUGAGUGAUUUGGUGAGUGUGGGAGUGAGAGAUAUUCAGGGUGAGGGGUUUCCUAAAGAUUUAGUUGGAAGGGCAGAUGCUGUCUUUUUGGAUCUACCUCAGCCUUGGCUUGCUAUUCCUUCUGCUGGAGAAAUGUUGAAAGAAGAUGGAGUUUUGUGUUCAUUCUCACCUUGCAUUGAACAAGUGCAACGAUCAUCUGAAGCUCUUGCAUCAAAUUCUUUUACUGAUAUAAGGACAUUUGAGGUCUUACUACGAACAUAUGAAGUCCGAGAAGCAAAAAUGGAUCAAUGUCAAACUGAAGAAGGGACUCCUGGGGCCCGCCCAUUUAAGAGAAAGCAACGUGCAAGUGAAGCAAGUCAUUGGCAAGCGGAUAAUUCGGGUUCCCCAAUGGUCAUGGCUAGGCCAUCGGGUGAGGCAAAAGGCCACACUGGGUAUCUAACAUUUGCUAGACUUAAAUGUAUUGCAUGAAUCAUGAUGGCAUAAGCCUAAGAGGCUUUUUCUUUUUGACUUAAUGGAAUCAAUGAGUUAAGCUUUUAAUCUGGACAAUUAUGUAUGGUUGUUUCUUUUUUACUUAAUCUAGAUAGAUGGGUUAAGCCAAAAUUCAAAAAGUUGGCUUACUUGGAUAAUUAUACAUGGUUGUUUCUUUUUUUACUUAGUCUUGACAUAUUGACUAAAUGGGUUAAGGCAGAAAAAACGUGGCGUAAUGUAUCGAG